AUGAUAAGAGAAUUUGGAGCGUCCGCAUGCUGGAGACUAACUACGUCAAAACUCUUAACGAUAAAAUGGCUGCAUGAUGUUUGGUAUUGCAUCAUUACACAAGAUUUAAUUUCAAGUUUUACAACACUUCAGAUUGUCCCAGUUUUAAGGAAGGGAACGUGGAAAAAUCCAAAGAUCAUUGAUUUGGCAAAACUGUCCGAUCUCCUUUUUGUCAAAUCAAGUAACGGAGACAGAAUUGGAGACAAUGCUUGCAGAUGCUUCGAAAUCAUGGGCGUAAUUGUAUUAGAUAGCUUGCCGCCAUGGAUUCAAGAUAAAAGCAUAGUGAGAUACUGCUUUUGGCCGAACCCGAAAAGUGUAGUUGCACUUUUGUCUAACCUAGGUUCGAGUUGUAAUGUUGAUCAAACGGUUACUGCUUUCAACAACACUUGUUCCUGGAAUGAUAAAGUUGGGUUAAAGACACUGCUUGAAAAAUGUCAAUUUGAAAUUACGAAGGAAGCGAAACGGUUUAUAAGAGAAUUGCAGAUAUUUCCUGCUGUGAAAAGCAUAAAUGGAGGGAGUCACGCUGCAUCCGUAACUGAAGUGUCCAGAUUCAUAAACGGUACCGAAAUCUUCCCAAAUUCAGUGCCGUUACCUUUUGAAUGCCUGACUGUAGCUAGAACAGAAGAAUCUUUUAUUGCGGCUUUAGGAGGGGAAAAGGUUCCUAUUGAAGAAAUUGUGACUGAAACCAUAAAAAGACUUGAUAUGAGAACAAUAAAAGGAAAGAACGUGAUGGAAAACUUUAUGAAAUUCUUCAUCGAGAACUUUCAUCUAUUUAAGAAAAACUCUGUAAUUGUUAAUUGUGCUCGGAAUCUUCAUUUCCUCACAACUGGGCAUGAUUCCCAUAGGUAUAAACCGUCAGAGCUGUUUGACCCAUCAGAUACAUUCCUUUUGGAUUUACUCUGUGGAGAAUGUUUAGUACCGGACAAAAAAAUUGCACAGAAUGAGAACUCAAUCCAUACCUUAAGGUAUCUUGGAUUAAGAGGACUAGAUGAUAUUGAUUGUGACAUUCUUUACAACGUAGCAAAGACCUUAGAUAAAUGGUCUAGAGAAGGAAAACGAGAUAAUCAUCUUGUACGAAAGGCCAAAGCGUUUAUGCAGUGGUUGUUUUCGAAACCAUCACUUCUACAUGAUGUAUGCCAAAGUGGCCGUACGCUAGCAGAUUCAAUUUGCUCUCUCUAUUGUAUACUAGUACAAAACAAAGUGCCAUCAUAUCCAGCUUGCCUUAAAUGGUUCUUAAAUAGCGGGUUGCUUUGUAGGCCUAGGGACGCCAAAGAUGUCAGUUAUUGUCUACUUAUCGGAGGGACAAUGCCGACAGUUGCGUGUCCUUCAGACCACACAAUGAAAGUAUUUCAAUGGAAAGAUCCUCCAGAGUUAUCUAAAGUCUUUGACCAGCUUAACAUAGUCCGAGAUAAUUAUUCUUUACGUUACAAAUCAGACAUAGUGGGUGUUAUCAAAGCAAUAUAUGACCACUUGAGUCAACGUGAAGAUGAAAUGCGUCAUCAGAGAACAGAGCACACGGGUAAAAAAGUUAUUUGGACAGGUGAAAAAUUCGUGAAAGCUGAUAAAAUGAUCUCAGUGAAACAAGAAGAUGACCUAGACUUGCGACCCUACUUCUACAGUUUACCGGAAGAGUAUGGACAUAUUCAAAAUUUGUUUGUCACACUUGGUUGCCCGCGUUACCAAGAUAUUCAUAUAUUACAAAAGACACUUCAUACUAUCAAGACUACACAUGAUAAGCCCCGAAAUGAACAAGUUGUUAAGCGGGAUAGACGAAUCGUGUAUGACAUUUUGGAACGAAUAGCAAAGCAGUGUGUAGACGAUGUUUCUAUCGAUGGGUUACAAAUAUUAAUGAUGGUACAUGAUGUCGGUAAUCCAAAUGCACUAAAAUUAUGUCCAAUCGCAGAGUGCACAUAUGACGAUGAUCCUGCUUGUUUUUACGAUGAGGAUGAUGAUAUCUAUCUAGUACACAAAAUGAUACCGAUAGAUAUCGCCGAAGCUCUUGGAGUUAAAUCGAUAACAAGAAAAUCAGCGUUAGAUGCAGAAGAACUCGGUGUCCAAGAAUGGGGACAAAGCGAGCAUUUGACGACGAGAAUACACGCCUUGCUUAGGGAUGGAUAUACAGAUGGCCUAUCAGUCCCAAAAGAAUUAAUACAAAACGCAGAUGAUGCCGGUGCAUCAACAGUGAAGUUCCUCUAUGACGAACGACGAAACUUAGAAUUAAGAGAACGUGUCCUGAGCAAAGGCAUGAAAGACUUUCAAGGACCAGCAUUAUGGGUAUUCAACGACGCAAAAUUUUCAGAUGAAGAUUUAAAAAACAUUACUAAAUUAAACUCAGCCACAAAACAAACUGACGUAGAGAAAAUAGGAAAAUUUGGAUUAGGAUUUUGUUCAGUUUAUAAUCUAACUGAUUUGCCAAGUUUCAUAACUGGGUCAAGCAUGGUAUUCUUUGACCCUCAUGAAAAACAUCUUGGUAGUGUUUUACGUAAAAGAGGAACUGGACUGAAGUAUACGUUACCAAAUAAAAACUUAAUUUCCAGACAUAGUGAUCAAUUCAAACCAUACGAUGGUAUAUUUGGUUGUAAAAUAGGUAGCAAUGAAUGUUCAGAGUAUGACGGAACUUUGUUUAGACUCCCACUCCGCACGGAGCAGCAAGCAAGAGAGAGUAAGAUCUACUCCAUGUCCUACACACGGGACGAAAUGAUUACACUUCUUCGCAUGUUUAUAACAGCUGCGGGAAAUAUGCUUCUGUUUUCGCAAAACGUAAAGUCAAUUGAAAUAUAUCAUCUUAAAGACAACGCAAGGUUCGCGUCCAAACCAGACAUUCUUUUUAAACUACAUAAGAAUACCACAAAAUGGGACAAUGGCCUUCUGAGACCAUUAACAGAAUCAGUUUUGUCCAAAAUGUCAAUGUGUCUUCAGAAAAAUGCAGACUUUCUUAAAAUACAUAAGACUAUCAUCCGACAGAUAACAAACCGUGAUUGUAAAAAUCUCAUUCAUGAUCUUCCAAAAUUAGCAGAGUCUUCAGAUACAGCCUGGUUGAUUUCGUGGGCAAAAGGAAAUGGAAAGUCGCUGAAAAUGGCUAGAAUACUAUCUUCAGAAGGUGCAGUUCCACUUGCUGCUGUCGCUGUUCCAUGUACUGACACAGUAACUGGAACCCCGAAAGCUUUAAAAAAUGUAGGAUCUGGAUUUUAUCCUGAAGGUCAUGUAUUUUGCUUUCUUCCGUUGCCUUUGAAAACCCAGUUGCAAGUGCAUGUAAAUGGCUGUUUUGCAGUGACUUCUGACAGGCGUCAACUUGUUUCUGUAACUGAAGAUGACAAAGGUAGCAAACGAAAUGCUUGGAAUAAUGCUGUGCUAGAAGACGCAUUGGUUGUAUCAUACGUACACUUGUUAGAAACGCUUACCGAAAAGGAAAUGAAGGUCGACCAUGACUAUCAGUUCUAUGCUCUUUGGCCAUCAAGCUGUUCUAAUGAAUUACUACCUUUCAAAAAUGCAUUUUACAGGCAUAUCAUUGUCACCGAUGCAAAAGUGUUCCGUGGCACUCAGUCGUGGGUCACUUUUCGAAAUGCUACAUUCUUAGACCCAAUUUUUCGCGGACGAAAAUAUGGAGAUUUGGCAUUUGAGGUCAUGGCACACUUUAUACCCAGACGAGGCAAAACAUUGAUUGAAAUGCCAGGUAACGUUUUUGAAAACAUAAAACGAAAUAACUCAGAUAACUCGAGUAUGAUUCAUUCAGCUGUCAUUAGUGAAAAGGAAUUUUUGCUGAUAUUUCUAAAAAAUAUUGAAGAUCCGUUCUGGGAAAAUAGAUUGAUGGAUCGAAACACUUUAAUUACAUUGGCAAUUAAAAUAUCAGACAGGGAUGUCAAUACGGCAUUGCAAAACAAAACAUGUAUACCAACUGAACCACGACAAAAUUUGUGUAAACCCGCGGAACUGAUACAUCCAAGCACAUCAAUUGCUGGACUUUUUAAUGUGAAUGAUGGGAGAUUUCCAAUAGAUACAAAGGAUUUUCGUAAUGAAGUCGUACUUAAGAAGCUUGUAGAACUUGGAAUGCAUGACAAAACGUUGCCAAGUACUCUCUUACUCGAUCGAGGCAAAUCUAUUUGUAAAGUGGCAGAAUAUUGUUGUUCCUGCGCUCGUGAAAGAUGUAUUACUCUGGUUGAGUAUAUAUCUAACAAUGCUGUUUUAGAAAAGCUUGAAAAUGAAACGGAAACUUUACAUAUUCUCAGAAAUACUUGCAUGUUUCCGGUCUUGCUGAAGCCAAAAACAUGGACAUUUCCUUGGGGAACUGAUUUGACAGGUCAUUCCUUCUUGUAUUUUAAUGGCACAAAGCAUUGCGAACAUCACCAUCGAUCAAAUGAACCUCUUUUGCUAGGGCAGUCGAAAGCUCUUGUCAGACAGGCACUGCUUGAUUAUGCUGGAAGUGUAGCAUGUUUAAUUGACGAAACCGUGUUUGCCUCUGUGAAGACUAGACGAAAUGAUGUUCAGAGACUUUUUAUUGACCUUGGUGUUCAGUAUUUAGACAACUUGCCUCUUCAGUUAUUAAUUGAUCAAGUCUGUGUACUUGCUCGGGAAUACAAAGACAGUUCAGUUCAGUUUGACGAACUUCGAAGGAUACAUAGUACGAUUUUCACACGAUUUAAUAACAUUAUAAAGACUGAUACAGAAAACGUUCCGGAUUGUCUGAAAACUUUAUGUGAUGUUCCAGUAGUCCUGAUCGGGACACUUCUAGUUAAAAUAGAGAAUGUUGCAUUUUUGGUAAAAGAGGAAUAUGAACCGUUAUUAUACAGGCUACCGGAUGCUGACAAGAGUAAGUGGGAAAACAUAUACAAAUACUUGGGUGUAAGAGAAUAUUUUAGUGUGCCAUACAUACUUAAAGGAAUGACGUCUUUGAGAGAAAAUUGGCAUGCUGAUAAAGUACAUGUAGGAAAAAUGUAUGCAUUGCUCGUUAACCUGAAAGAUAGCAUGGAAAAAUCAAAAAUUCAAUACGAAGAACUUCUUGAUUGUCAUGAUGUAAUUGUUGCGCCAGAUAGUAACUGUCACUUGUGGCCUACACAUGAAUUGGCAUCAGAAAACGUAGAUUUCAAAGCUAAUAUUGAAAUGCAAAUAUUGCACCGAGACAUACCAAUAUCUCUAGGUGAAACACUGGGUGUGAAGACAAAAGAAUUAAAAUGUUUUGAAAAUAUUUCAAUUGGCAUGUCUUUUGGUCAACGUGAAAAGCUUGUCACUCGAAUAAAGGGACUUUUAAAAGCAUACCCUUGCGACACAAGCAUAAUGAAAGAGCUACUUCAAAACGCUGAUGAUGCUGGAGCAACUGAAAUACACUUCGUUAAGGAUUAUCGUAAACAUUCUAUUAAUAGGCUCUUUAGCAAGUCAUGUGAACCACUUCAGGGGCCAUCGUUAUGUGUUUACAAUAAUAGCUACUUCACAAAGGAAGAUAUAGAAGGAAUACAUAACUUAGGCCAAGGAAGUAAAAGCGAUGAUCCUACAAAAACUGGACAGUACGGAGUUGGAUUUAAUGCAGUAUAUCACUUGUCAGACACUCCAGCCUUCAUAAGCAAAGGUCCAGGUGGUGAUGUUGAUAACUAUUUCAUUGUUCUAGAUCCGCAGUGCAAGUAUGUCCCAAAGGCAAAGAUAGACGAACCUGGACUUUUGUGUACACUUUCGGAUGUACAAACACAUUUUCCGGACCAUUUACUCGGAUUUUCGCAAGACAAGUUGAUAACUGGUGAUAUCGGAACUGUCUUCCGUUUCCCUCUUCGAAGCAAACCAUCUGAAAUUGGAAGUGCGAUUAUUAACACAGACAAAAUGGAUGCAAUACUUAGUUCGUUCAGAUGUGAAAUGAACGAGGCUGUUAUUUUUCUAAAGAAUGUGACAUGUAUAAAGGUUUCGAGAAUAGACACUAAGACUGGGGGUAUGAUAGAGGAAUACUGUGUAAAUGUACAAUUGUCAGAUGAGGCUCUCGAGAACAGGCAAUAUUUUAAUAACACGGUUGUUAAAGUUUCCAAGACAAACAAGGAUAAUAAGGCGAGAAAUUUAGAUGUCACCCCAUAUAAAGUGAUAUAUCCUAUGAAAGUUUCCGAUAGUAGUGGCCAUUCAAAGGACUGGUUAAUUAUACAACACUUUGGACACAAUUGCGUAACGAAGAAGACUGAAAGCAUUAAAUCAAGAUUGAAAGACGGUGAUUUAGGCCUGUUGCCAGUUGGAGGUGUUGCUUUGCCUUUAAACAGCAACUGUCGUGAACAGGUAUGUGAAACUGACUCAGCUACAGUACAGAAAUCUUCUAAAACAUCAAUACUUGGAAGAAUAGGUCAGUGGGUAUUGUCAUCUCAAAAGUCGUUUAAUAUUGAAGUCCCUACAUCCCCUAUACAAAAAAUUAAGAGAUUUGAUGGAAAGUUGUUUUGCUUUUUGCCUUUACCAGUACACACAGGAUUGCCAGUUCAUAUAAAUGGUCACUUUGCUCUUGAUCAUGAGUCAAGACGGGACUUAUGGAAAGAUGGAUAUAGAAUGGAAUGGAAUGCAUUUAUACUAGAAUCUGUAAUAAUUCCCUCCUGGAUAGCUGGUAUUAUCUAUAUGCAAACCAGCGCGGCAAAAGAAGUUGAGAAAUCCAGUUCAUGGUUUAAAGUAAAAGACGCGUUAGGGAUAUAUCACAGCUUAUUUCCGUUACAUGAUCAGGCAAGAUCUGAUCUUUGGAAGACUGUCGUUUCACAAUUCUAUAACCAGGUUGUUAAGCAAAACAGUAAUAUAUUUCCAUGCGUCAAUGAUCGUAACCAUAGCAACGUAUACUCUCAGAAACAGUCAGAUACUUGUACAUUUAACAUUAUCUGGACCCACGUGAAUGUCACCUCAGAUUCAGAUAUCAGUGGGGUUUUUAAUAAUAUAUAUAAUCACUUGCCUUUCACGCUAUCAGACAGAGACAAAAUAUCUCAGUCAAUUGAGAGACUUCUGAAAUCCUUCGGGAUGAAGCUGCUAGAAACUCCUCACACAAUAACAAAGGAACUGGAAACGUCCGGUAUGUCUGAUGUUCCAGUAUCUUCUCCUUCUUUGGUAUUAUCGUUUAUGGGUCAUCCAAGUUGUGACAUUGGCCCUGUUAAUGUUCACAUUUCAAGAUCAAAAUUCGAAACAGUGGAGAAUUUCCGAAUAUUUUUAAGUUUUAUUUCUCUUGACAAUAGUUUUACAAAACAAAUAUCUGGGAAACCACUUUUGUUGACAGGAGACACUAUAUUGAGAAAGUUUGCUAACGAUUGUCCAGUGUUUGUUACAGAAUAUAAUGGCCUCUUACCUGCAUCAUCUUCUCAGUUUGUACAUGAUAUUCUAUGCACGGUUUUAUUCAAUAAAAAAGUAUUCCAGUCAGAAAUUUUUAAGAGAUUUAGUUUCCAAAACUUUGUACAGUUGUUGCCAUCUUCAGUGCAGAGCAGUUUGUAUGCGUCUGGUUGUGAAGUUCAUCUGAACGAAAAUGGCGUGGAAGAGCCUACGCUUUCUGUUUCACAGGAAUGGUUAUGUUUGUUUUAUGAUUUCGUCUGCGACCAGUCGCCAUUGAAUGCGAUUGAAAGAAACAGUGAUGUGUACCAACAAAUGCGGUUUAGUUCUCAAGAAUCAACCGAAGCAGUUGAUCAUUGUACAUUUCUAUCAAAUUUAAAUGAGUUAAAUGAAUGGUCUCUGUUGCCUUGUGUAAGUAAUGAAGCGCAAGAUAACCUCAUUCCUCUUCGGGAAGUCUCUCAUGUGCUGUAUCUGUCAGACAUACAUAAGCAUGAUUUCCUAGGUAAAGCUCUCCAGAAGUUAUGCCUACCUACACUUAACCUACAAGCGUUUUCAAAAUGUCAGAGAAAGAAAAUGGUUAGGUCGUCUGUGACAAAGUGCGUCGCUUCGCUUGAUUCACCUGCAGAUCUUCUGGAGUGUUUAGCACAUCACAAGGAUAAAAUACGUCAAUGUAAAUCACUUACCGUAACGGAAUGUGCAGGAAUAAUAGCAUAUUUUGGACAGAAGCUCUCAAUACUUCACAAGCACAAGGAGGAACAUGUGAUCGCUCAAAAGCUCCGGGAAUUACCAUUGUUUAUUACAUUACAAGGUACACUUACAAGCUUAGAUAACAACCAGGAGGUUCUUGUUAUACCAAAUGGAAUGCCGUUUUCAGGAAUACAGGAAUGGGCUGAUAAAUGUAGUAUGAUAUUAUUGCAAGAGAAAGACUCGCUGGAAUCAUUGUAUGAAACGCUAAGAUUACGUAAGGCGGAUAUAGAAGACGUUUAUGGAGAAAACAUUUUACCACAUAUACAUGAAAUGCCUGUCCAGUAUUGGAUGGAACAUGUUGUUUUCCUUAGGAACAUACUUGGACAGCAGAAGAUGAACACACCUGUUAGGGCAAAAAUUAUACAAGAACUGAAACAACUUGCAUUCAUUAAUGUAAACGGUUCGAUGAAAAGAGUCAAUCAGUUGUUUGACAACAAAAAAGAAGUCUUUAUUCAUAUGAAAAACACUUCUGAUUUUCCUCCAGAAGAAAUUCAAACACCUGAAUGGCGAUAUUUCCUGAAAAAGCUUGGUUUGAUAUGUGAUGUCUCGGAUGAAAUGAUGAUUCAGUUUGCAUGCGAAAUAGAAUCUGAAGGUAGUCAACAAGUGAAUGAUAUCUUGCGUAACAAGUUAUCUGUAUUACUUUCUUGUUUUCUUGACGGUAAAGGAACUAAAUGGCAGAAACAGACACUACAAAGGUUAAAGACAAUUAACUUUAUUACACCCUACAUAGCCGAUAGGCACCAAACGGAUAUAUGGGCACAGCAUACUGCUGCUGGACUAGUAUGCUUUCAGGAUGCGAUAUCUAGCGCCUAUUGCAGCUUGUGCUGGACAAGCUUAAUCCUUAUUCCUGAAUGGAUUGUAUUGCAAUUAGACAAAGAUGUCAGAGCUAUGCUUGGAAUUCAUGAAACGCCACCUGUUAGCAAAGUCAUCCUUCAUUGUCAGAAUGUUUGCGAUGCUCUCAAACCAAAAAUAAAACAAAAAACUGUCAGUGUCGUCUUUGUACAUGAGCAGAUGACAUGUUUUUACGAGUAUUUUUUAACAUUCAUACAUUCGAAUGGUGAUAUACGACAAAAGCUUGAGUACACUCCCUUUGUACAUCUCCCCGAUGAAAACGAUAUCGUGGAAACAAGUGAAAUUAUCAUUGAUUUGAACACAUAUUCUCAAAUCAAACCUUAUCUAUACAAAGCUCCAAAAUACUACGGCAAAUAUCACGACUUAUUUGAGAUGAUGGGGAGCAAAAGCAAGAUUCAUUUUAGUCAUUAUGCCCAUAUUCUAGGAAGAAUAAGGGAGAAAUGUCAAGAUGCAGAAAUGAGUCCUUUAGAGAGGGGAAUUGCCAGAAAGGCGUUGCGAGGAUUAGUUCGUCACAAGACAGAGUCAGACGAAAGCGUUAAGGAAGUUCGUUCUUUAUAUCUACCAAAUCAAGACCUACUUUUAUGUAGAUCAGACAGUCUUGUAGUAUCAAACAGUUGGUGGUAUGAACGUAGACUAGGUGGACACGUCAAAAUCAGUUAUUUUGCUGGGCUUCCUUUCCUGGAUUUACCAAAGAAAGAUGCUAUAGAUCUUUAUGAAGUAUUUUCGAAAUGGCCGAAACAUCUAAAGCCUAUGAUGUUAGGAGAUAAUGUUGAAGAAGUUUUAUGUUUUGGAGACAAUAUUGAACAACAACGUUUUCGUAGUAACAAAUCUAUAAAAAUAGAGAGUUUUUUACAUUAUUCUGAGUUGACUACAGCACUUGUGAGUAUUUUAAAGCAUCAAAUCUCAAAAGAAAAAGGAGAUUUAGAGCUUGAUGAUGAACGUUUUGAGUCUGAGACUGAUAGAAAUCUAAAAAGUAUCGUUGUUUGGCAAUUACCUUCACUCAAAACUGUUUUGAAAUAUAAUGGAAACAUAGUCAAUGGAUCAGAGGUUACCCUCCCUUACUAUAUUCAAACAGAAGCUGACAGGACUGUUUUCUAUUUCCAUGAUACCAGUGAAACAGAAGAAAUGGACAUAACUUCAGUUUUCAGUGGAUUGAUCAAAUUGAUCAGAUCAUGUGUACAUAAUCUUGACAUGGAUUCAGUGAUGCACGUGACGUCUCUUUUACAAGCUAUUGAAACACCAGCAAAACUGUCCGAAAUACUUAUUCGUCUACAAAUUAAACCGUAUGAAUCGAGUAAUUCUACCAAAAGAGACUACUUUCCAAAACCAGGAACAUAUGUAGAGCCAAGAUUUAUUCCAUUUUUGGAACAAGGAAUCGAACCAUUCAAAGAUUAUGAAUAUGAUCAUGUCGCAAUGGAACUUGAAGAUACAACUAGUGACGUAACUGAUAUUGAUAAUGCUGUGGAUGAUGCCGUAGCAGUUUAUGUGUACGUAAACAUUUUGGAAGAAAGCAGCAGCUCUAAUAUUUCGGAUGAUAUUUGGCGAACAUAUAUUGUAAGAACUGGAAAUCCUGAUGUUUUCUCGGAGGAGGUACCGAUAUUUCGUUUGUUCAGAUUUGUUCGUCGGGAAGAGGAUCCCGGAACAGAAAUGCAGAGAUAUGACGCGGAACCGAUGUAUUGGAAGCCGUUUGAUGAACAGUGCCGUCGGAUUAGAAAAGACAUAAAGGAAGCAUGGAAACUACCUGAAAUUGAUCGAAAGCGAGUCAUAAGACGAUUGCUUUUGAAAUGGCAUCCAGACAAAAAUCGCGGAAAGGAAGAAUACUGUAAAAGGGUAUUUCAGUACAUACAAAUAGUUAUAAGCCGCUUAGAAAAUGAGGAAACAGUUGGAGAGAAUGUAGAUGAUGAAAUGUCUCGAGGACCAUCUGAAUUUUCUCCGUCGUCAUCUAGAUAUUACGAUAAUAUCAAUAGAAGAGGUCAGACAUAUGCGCGCGCAUACUACGAAAAUUAUGACAGUUACUGCAGAUCUGAAAGAACAGGUAACUAUUCGCAUUAUUCGGCACCAGAGACAGCACGUCCAGAUCCCGCUGAAGCACAUAGAUGGAUGCGGCAGUCCAAAAAUGACUUUAAGGCUGCUGAGGCUAUGCUACCUAUGGCGGAUGAUGUCGAAGGCUUUAACUGGAUCUGUUAUCUAUGUCAUCAAGCAUGUGAAAAGGCACUUAAGUCGGCUAGAUAUUCCAGAGACGCUAAUAAAGUUCCAAGGGGAAGCCAAAGCCAUUAUCUUGCUACUUUAACAUCGGAACCUGCAAUGCUAGAACAGGCGCGCCUACUGGAAUCAAGGCUAGGUGAUCAUACCAGACUGCGAUAUCCAGACACUUUAACUCGACCGCAGAUACCGUCUGGUAUCUUUAAAAGGGAUGAUGCUGAAUUUUCAAUUGAAGUUGCAAGAAAAAUGAUCGACCUUGUGGACGAUUAUAUUUCAUAACACGGAAUAAAUUGGAAACCUUGCUGUGAUAGUUUUCCGGUACUACUGACUUUUUUUUAAGAGUUUCGUUUACAGAACUGUACAUGCACUGCCGCUUUCAUACUUAGAUGUAGUGAAAGCUGCAAAUGUAUAUUAUAAGCAUCCUAAACUUCCAACUUAAUGUUAUAAUGUCCGUCAUUACAGAAAACUAUCGAUAGCAGAAGACAAUAUACCGCGAUUUCAAGAUGAAAAUCUCCUUAUUGAAUUGAAAAUUCCAUCUAAUUGUUUAGUGAUUUAUAAAAGUUUUAUCUAUCAUUGUGUCUAAGGAUAUAUGUAUAUAUUUUAGUUAAAAUAUGCAACAUUUCCUCUGUGUUAUAUUUCUAAAAUUUAAUGAGUAAUGUGUCAAACAUUACUUUUUUGGAAUGACAUGCGUUGCUUGUUGGUUCGUAUUUUUGUACAUGUUUAGCAAGUCUUGAUUAAUUCGUGUUUCCUAGUUAUACUAAAUCAUGUUUCUUCGUUUUAUAUAAUUCAGUUUUAGUUUGGUGUUGACAUAUAUAAUGACAUGUCUGAAUGUAUAUAAAAUGAAGUGUUGACAGACUUUUGAUCCGUACAUUUGAACGAACUUCAGAGUCUGAAAUAAACUUUCGACUGGUUUGUUCACAUAUUGUUUGCAACAUAGCAACAUUGCUGUCAAUUCAGAUUUUACUUUUUUAGUUUUAUUCUUAGAAAAUGUUCUAAUGUAUAUACAAAUCAAUACCGUACUUAUAUUUGCCUGUUAAACAGAUAUCAUUAUUGCUCUACCAUUCUGUCUAAUGAUUCACAAAAAUUGGUUUUAACUUGAGUAGACGAAAUUCGCCUACCGAAAACAAGUUGAAAAAUAAUGUUUGAUAUUCAUCUGUUUUAACAAAAUUCAAUUUUUUGAUGCUCAUCUAUGCGAGUAUAUAGUCAAACUUUGCACUACUGUGCUAUUUUUAUUAUGUAAAUACUUCACCUGAAAUAUAAAGACAUGUGAGACAGAUUUAUUGAUUUUGAUCGUAUUUUUGCACGGAUUAUAAGGCCCUAACCAUAUUUAAGGUGAUGAUUUUGUUAUAUAGAUAUUUUGUUGUUUGCUUUAUUUAAGAAUCUUGUAAAUAAUUAAAUUAAGAUUUGAUAAGAUAAUAUUUAUGAUUUCAGCAGUCAUUUUACUAUUUUUUUUUCUUUUGUUUGUUUAUUUGUUGUUGUUUUUUGAAGGUUUAUGUACAACACAUUAAAUAAUGUCUUCAUAAGGAAGUAUGAAUUGCAGGCUUUUCAAUUUUAAUUUUGCUAAAAAUGUGGAUAAGUAUUUUCAUUAGGUUAUAAAGUGAAAAGCUUUCAAAAUGACAAUGCAUUUCAGAAAGGUUUUAAGGUACUUAUGUUAGUUAUGCUAAAUGUUGUAUCUUCAUUUUUUAAUUUAGUGUAGUUUAGUUUUUGCUUGAAGUGAGCACAUAAAGUCAUAGUUGUCAAAAUUCUGUUCUAUGCAUUCAAACAAUCUUAAAUUUCGUAUUAUGAAAUAACUUUUAGACUGGUUUGGUCACAUUUUGUUUGAGAAUUUCAAUGUUUCUUUCAAUAAUUCCAUUUAGUUUGCAAUUUUCAGUUGUAUUGUUUUGUUAUAAAAUGGUAUCAGUGCACGUGAAAAUUAUUUUCAUAAUUAUUUACUUCUUGUUUGUUUAACAGUUUUCUGUUUGCAGUGCCACAGGAACCAAAUGUAUUUUGUAUAAUAUACAUAGAGAACUGCGAUAUAAGAAUUAUGCAUCUGCUGUUAAAGACGUUCAAACAGCGCAUUUUAUAUUUUUAUAUCGCCACAUUAUGUAUAUAUCAGACUUCCAAUUCUUGUGUGUACAUGUAUAUACAGGCUUUGUGUGGCUAAUGUCGUAGAUUUUUCAUUGUUUGCCGCUUUAGUUUUAUUAGUUUCUUAGAUAUUUCCUUGUUAUAGUCUUACUAUUGCAUUAUAUAUUGGAUUUGACUCUAUUGAUGGCGGCCAGACCACUUAUAUGAUACGUUUUCACAUUUUAAUUUGAAAUAUUCAGAACGAGUGUUUGCAGAUGCAAGCAUGUUUUAAUGAGAAACCGCGGCCGGACACGGACCUCCAAUAUUUCACUCAGCUUCAGAAGAAGUUCAUCAAAAUUUGGUUCCAUUAGGACGUACAUGUGUAUGUUAAUCAUCAAAUGUUAUUUAGUGAGUUUUAUGGGUACCCCUUUAAACAUACUGGUUAAGUCUAUAAAUGUGUAGAGAAACCCCUUCAGUCGAAAUGUGACAUAUAUUGUAUUAACGUGUACUUAUGCUUUACGCAAGAGCGAGUUAAACAAUUGAGAGUUUUGGUAUUGAAAAUACGUUGCUAAUUCAAAGUUUCAUGUUCGCCUGGCCGAAUAUAUCGUUAAAGAUUGUUUCAUUAAUGUACAUUGUUGUAAAUACUAAACCUGUUACAAUAUUUGUGAAUUAUAAACGGUAUGUGUGUCAGAUAUAUUGAAUUUUGUUCGUACUUUUUGCGUAAAUAGACAAGAAUAAUGAGGUGAUAUCCCUAUCACGGUGGAUAUCCAUAUCGGCCGACUCUUUGCGAAAUCUGCUAUAUCGGCAGUUUCUUGACGUCGGCACCGGCUAUUCUUUGCUAUAAACAAUGUCCAGGUCGGUAGAGGAAGCGAAAAACCAGCUGCCGUCCAGGACAAUAGGUAUGCUGCUCAAAAAUAAGUAAAGCACGGAACAUAAGAAUGUCUUUAUUAUGUAUUGUAGUGUUUUGUAUUUUGUAUUUGUCAGUAUUUUUGGAAGAAUAUUAAAAAAUGAAUACAAAUAGCGCGCUUGACAUGUAUGAUAUCAAAGCAAAAACUCGUUAAAGACUGUGGAAAGGGUCGGGCUAGUGUUUCAUGUCAGUACACCAUGAACUAAUUUCAUCGAGUUUGCGAGCAAAAUCGCUGAUAAUUAAAAAGUAAACAUUACAAUACAUAGUAAAGACAUUCUAAUGUUCCGUGCUCUACUUAUUUUUUUAGCAGCAUAUGUAUUAUCCUGGAUGGCAGCUCCAUUUUUCGAUCUCCUCUACCGAUCUGGACAUUGUUUAUAGCAAACAAUAGCCGGUGCCGACGAAAAAAAAACGCCGAUAUAGCAGAUUUCGCAAAGAGUCCGCCGAUAUGGAUAUGCACCGUGACUAUGUAAAGUGGUGAGAACCUAUAUGGAGGAAGGAUAGUGUUUUUUAGAUAAUAGUCUAUUCUUUGAUUGAUUUAAGAAUCUUGUAAAUAAGCUGUAUUAAUAUUUGAUAAUAUUUUUAUGAUUCCAGAAGUCAUUAUCACAUUGAUUUAGCAUUGUCGUCAUAUCCCCUUUUUUCUUUGCUUUAAUUCUUCAAAGUUAUGAUUUCAAUCGUACGUUUUACAAAUUAUUUGAUAUAAUGCUAAGAGAAUAUAUACUAUAUGUUGUUUUAAUAUAUCUUUAUAAUUUAAGUGUUGAGUUUGCCUGUACACGGAUAGGAUAGUUAAUUGUGAGGUGUAUAAAGUAUAAAUUGUUUCCAAGUGAGAUGUAUUAAAGAACGGUUUUCAGAGAGUUUUUGAAAUGAAGUGAACAGGGAGUGUUAUACAUAUAACAAAUAUACAUUCGAAAGGAAAUCGAAGAAAAUGUGCACUUCGCGGAAGUUAGUAUUUUUUCUCAUCAGAAAUGUACACGGAUCUUUGUAUAUUAUGCAGAGAAGUGAUUAAAAUUUUGUUAUUAUUAGAUAUGCUGCUAGGUCGUUUCAGUACUAUUUGCUCAGAAAGGUAUUCUUGUUUCUUAAAUGCAAAACUGUAUAUAGCUUAAAUAUAUGAUGUGAAGGUGUGUACAUCAUUUUAUGAGAAGAUAUUGUUUUUAUAAAUACCGGAAUUUGGAAAUGUAAUGAAGCGCCUUAUAUGAAACUUAAAUGUCAGUUAUAUGUGUAAAUAUGUACAAAUUAUAAACUAAUCUUAUCAGUCAUGGAAAUGUACUUUUGUAGACGCCGUUGAAAAGGUGAGCCCUAUGUAAACCGAAGUUUAAUAAUGUUGAUUAUUUGUAUAAUAUCUUGGUUUUGUAAAUCAUACGUAAAUAUGAUAAAUAGAUAGGUAGAUAUCAAUCACUGGGUGUAUUGUUAUAAAGAUACACGAUGAAUUACAAAUAGUUGUACGUCUGUAUAAUUCUUACAUAUGAGAAUUAUAUAUGAAUCCUUAACAGAUUACGUUAUACAUUUUUCAGUGUAUUAAAACUGAUUUAUGUUUUUAAAAUACAGAUUUAGAUAUAUAUACUUUUUAUUUGUAAUAUACAAGCGCACGCACGAUAUUUACUUCUAUCGAAAUCACAGGGGUGUACUUCUGUUCGAAAUAGACAAAAGGUGAAUCCUGUGUACAUUUAUAUAAUUAUUCUUCUUACUUAUAUUGAUAUACACUAUAUAUCUGUUGUUUUAAUAUACAGGUACGAAUCGUACUAAUGUCAGAAAUCAUUGGGGUGUACUUCUGUUAGAAAUAGACAAAAGGUGAAUCCUUUGUACGUUUAUAUAAUUAUUCCUGUUGCACUUUAUAUCUGUUGUUUAAAUAUACAAGUACGAAUCGUACUAAUCGUGCUCAUAGGAAAAGUCAUUGGGGUGUACUUCUGUUAGAAAUAGACAAAAGGUGAAUCCUAUGUACAUUUAUAUAAUUAUUUCUCUUACUUUUAUUGAUCUACACUAUAUAUCUGUUGUUUUAAUAUACAAGUACGAAUCGUACUAUAAACAAAAUUCAUAGGGGUGUACUUCUGUUAGAAAUAGACAAAAGGUGAAUCCUAUUUACAUUUAUAUAAUUAUUUCUCUUACUUUUAUUGAUUUACACUAUAUAUCUGUUGUUUUAAUAUACAAGUACGAAUCGUACUAUUAAUAAAAAUCAUAGGGGUGUACUUCUGUUAGAAAUAGACAAAAGGUGAAUCCUAUGUACAUUUGUAUAAUUAUUUCUGUUUCUUAUAUUGAUAUGCAUUUUAUGUCUCUCGUUUAAGUAUUACAAGUACGAAUCGUACUAAUAACAGAAAUCGUAGGGAUGUACUUUUGUUAGAAAUAAACAAAAGGUGAGCCCUAUGUAUACAAAUAUAUAAUAAUUUCUCUGAGGUUAUAAUCUAGGCGCGGGAUAUUGAACACAGCGUGUGACUGAGAUGAACUGAUCUUUUGUUAAAGUUAUCGACAAAUAAGAAAUAUUUGUAAGAAAAUGUGAUUUUGAUGUUGCAUUUUGUAAGAAACCGUGCUAUUUCCUGUUGACUAGCAAUUUGGAACGAGUUACGAAAAUAAAUAUCUUUUUUACCGAG